AGCCUGUAAUGAUAUCAAGACGUCCACUCCUGUGAGGUUAUCAGAGAGGCGGCUGUCAGAUUGCACCAACAUGAAAGAGGACGUCUUUGACCUUGAACAUAGCUGUGUUGAAAUGUCAAUGAUGGAGCGCGAGGAGCUGGAUCCACAGCUGGACUGUACCAAGAAAGAACUGUUCUCUGCGCUGCGACAUUCGAGAAAGAAAAUCGAGUCCUUGCAAGAGGCCUUUGAUGUUCAAAUGAGCAAGCAACAACAUGAGCUGGUAGAAUGUUGCAUCAGGGUGGGAACACUGGAAAAAAUGUUGGCACAGAGGGAGCUGCAGCUAAUGAGUUUACUGGAGGAGCGUAACUCUCUACAGGCAGAGAAGGACAGCCUGAAGAUGGAGCUGCAGCACCUUGAAAGGCAGCACUACAAGGAGCUGAUGGAGGCACAGAGGAAAGCUGAUGCACUGAUGGUGCAAGAACUAAGCAUUCAGAGGCAACAACUGGAUAAAGAGAAAGAUGAAGCUUUGAAUUCACUCUGGACACGUCUUACUCAGGAGCACACUGAGGAGUUGUGCCGUCUGAAAUAUGCUCAUUGGACUGAGGGAGAAGCAGCAGCAUCUCUUCACAGGGAGCUGAAGGCCAAAGAUCAGGAGCUGAGGCAACUUCAGAUGAGUAUGGAUGAGUGGAAGCAGCAGACCACAGCUCACCUUGCAGACAGCGUUACAGAGAAACUCAUCCCUGAACUGGAAAGUUGCAAGUCAAAGCUGAUAAGAGACAGGUAACUCCUCUCUUUCUGUAAAUCAUACAUAACAUGGUUAUAAAAGCAUUGUCUUACCCUAA